CCAGGGGCCGCGCGUGAAUUCGUACGAUCCCAAUCCAAUAAUCCAAUCCAAUCCGGAUAAAUUUUAAUCUUGGAUUAGAUCUACAGUCAAAACAGUAAUGUUUAAUAAUGAGAUAGAGAAACAGAUAUUACAAGCCUGAGUCGACACUCUAUAAACAUGGGGGCUGAGCAGAGCAACUCGAGUGCAGCUCCGUUGAAGUCACAAAGAGACGAAGACAUCCCAUACACUUCAUACUCUAUAAGUAAACCUAUUAACAAUGGAAAACAACAAAAAGCACAAGAUAGCCCAAAAGCGUCACCUAGACUAAAAGAUAAAGCUAAAUCUAGUCACCAUAGAGACAAGGAAACAAACAAAGAUUCUCAUUUGAAGAAUAACACACUUGUGGUUGUCGCUAAGGGCAACCAAGGGAACACACAAAUUGACCCGGAACUCUUAAAGCUUGAUGCUAUCCCUGUGUUUUUGCCUCUCAUGCGGGGGUCACUGAAUAUUCCAAAUAUGAGAGACCCUGAAGUGCUUGAUAAGCUUGAUUAUAGACAGGUGCUUGAAAUGUGUCUGAGGUAUCAGGAACACUUGCGUCAGAGCUCUGAGGCUGUUGCCUUUGAUCAGAAUGCCCUCUGUGUCCGAAUAAAAGAGAUAGACUACAUUACACACAGUUUAAUGACAUCCAUAGUUGAAAGACAGAAAAAGUUUGCUAAAUAUGCUGAACAAAUCCAGAAAAUUGGAGAAAUAAAUAUUGUACUUAACAAAGUCAAAAUGAACGUUGAACAGACAACUGCCCUAAUGGAGCGUUUGAACAAUGUUCUUCCACCUGAAGACAAACUUGAACCUUUCUCCAUGAAGCCUGCUUAAAAUAGGCCUUUCUUCACAAAGCCUGCUUAAAAUGGGCCUUUCUCCAGGAAUCCAUCUUAAAAUGGGCCUCGCUCCAUGAAGCUUGUUUAAAAUGGGCCUUUCUCCAUGAAGCCUGCUUAAAAUGGGC